AUGGAGGCUGGACCACGAGGCGUGAAGCAGCGAGGAGGCGGAGUGGGGGCGGUGGAGGCGAGGCGGAGGGGAAGCCCCGUGAACGGUGACAGGUUGGACGGCGACGGGGAAGACGCGAAUGAAAAGAGCACAGAUGAUGACGCCCUAAAUGAUAUUUCGUUGGAGUAUUCAUACGAGGAGCUUUACGGUGCAACGGCGGGCUUCUCGGUGAUCCUCGGCCAGGGAGCGUAUGGAAAUGUAUAUGAGGGUGUUUUGCGUGAUGGAGUAGCCGUGGCUGUUAAGUGGCUGCAUAAACCCAAGGAGGCUGGGUUCGAGAAGGAAGUUAAAGUGCUCUCGAAAUUCAGGCACCCGCACCUGGUCAUUCUCUUGGGAUUUGCCCGCCACGGAAGGGAUCGUUUCCUCGUCUACGAGCUCCUAUCAGGAGGUGACGUAGGCAUGCGGCUCCAAAAAGGCCCUCUUCUUGCGUGGCAAGACCGACUUUCCCUCGCUCUCGACUCUGCCAGUGCUCUGUCACAUCUGCAGCAUCACAGUCCUCAAGUGUAUCAUCGAGACAUUAAAACAGCGAACAUCUUGCUCGACAAGCACAACAGCGCCAAGGUGGCCGACUUCGGCCUUGCCUGCUUAGCCAAAAAAGGCGAGAACAGCUGUGCAGUGAAGCAAACGGCGGGCACGAUUGGCUACGCGGAUCCGAAAUACAUUUCCAGCGCGGUGGUCACGGAAAUGACCGAGGUGUACUCGUUCGGUAUGGUGCUCUUGGAGCUACUGACAGCCAGACCCCCUGCAGUGCUCAACCCCGAUGGAAGCAUUACGUAUCUGCUCUCGACUAUUGGAACCUCCAUUCGUCGAACCCUUCGUUACAUUGAUCCGCGCGCACGAUUCCCUCCACACGUUGCUCAGUCGCUGGCAAUCCUGGCCUUCAGCUGCAUUCAAGAGGAUGAGCGGCAUCGACCCUCGUUCCGGAGCAUCGUUCAGCAGCUUCAGCUCCUCUGCACUGCGGCCAAUCUGCAUCCCUGUCCUUCCCUAACGCUGGGACGCGCUGUGGCGGCGGCUGCUGCGGCCGCAGCGGCUGCCAGCGGCUCCGGUGCCAAGGUCGUCAAAGCGCAUUCUCCCUCUCCAUCUUCUUUGCGUGGGCUUCCCGGAGUGGCUGCACAGUCCCGGUGCGAGGCAUCAAAGGUGCUGAAGAAGACGAUUCGAGUCACGGGAAGACGGGAGAGCCCUGGAGAUUCCAAGGAGCGCGAGAGAGAUGAACAGCCUGAAACCGGGAGAGACGACGCACCCGGUUCCCCCAGGCUCAGACACGUUCACACAGAUCACUAUUCCCACUCAAGGUGUGCUGCUUCUGCCGAGCUGGACUUCCUCGCAUCGCCCUCCCGUGACGGCAGGGAAGACAGACUCGAAACGAGGAGGUUAACGAAGAAGACGAGUGCGGAUGAGGCGAACCACGAAUUCCCCAGCGAGCGCGAAGGAACAAAGAUCACUACUCUAGAAGCUGUCGCCGUGAGGAAUAAUUCAGAUGUAGCUGGACGCAGAGACGAAAGCAGGGCGCGAGUUGUCCCAGGCUGGCGAAGAGAGAGUCAGGAGGUUGAGAGCUUCCUGGGAAGUGAAGCAAAACGGGCAGUUGAUGACGUCCUCGGAAGAGCACGCGAAAAGGUUACAGAACAAAUGCUCAUAGGUCCCCUCACUACUCCAAAGGGUCCAAGGGAGGGAAACGAGCGCGCUCCCGAGUACAGGGCGCCUGAAUCGGUACAGGACAGCCACCCUGAUUCGCCCUCCUCGACGAGGAUACAGCGCGCAGUCGCGAAGAGUCCAAGCUUUGCUCCUGAUCGGAGGUCGGCUCCAGACCAGAUCGAGCAGGAUACCAACUGGCGACAACGGUGCAGUGGCUCUAGGAACCCAGGCGCAGUUGACAAGGGAGAGGUUACUUGGGGAGCCCCGGGCUCUCGGCGCCUCGUCUCCACAAUCAAGGCUUCCUCUUCUUCCAUUGCGUCGCAUGCAGCCGAAACUGUCCGUCCUGUCGAUGCACCCUUUCACUCUGGACAAGUGACCAGGCUGCGCUCAGCGAGAGCCGACGACAUGCCUGAUGAAAAGCCUGCGGUGUCUCCGUCCGAUCUCGUCGACUCCUCUCGCUUGCCUUCCUUCUUGUCGAUACUUUGCUCCUCGGCCGCCGCCUCCCUCGCAGCACCGACCGGCUCUUCCUCGGGGGAUGGAGGCGGGCACCCUGCGUGCGGCCGGGCGGCAGCGGCAGCCUCGCCAGCUGCUGCGCGAGCUGUAGACUCUCCGUCCCAACUUCCUCAACUGACGCCCUUCCGAAGGCCAGAAAGCAGUCGCGUGGGGACUGUCUCUUCCGCUCCUCCGUUAGUAGCGACAGGUGUCGUGGGCGCUGGUGAGUAUGAAAGGGAAGGAUCUGCGCCGCCUGGAAACUUCCCACACCGGCAGAGUUUUCCGGCCGAGUCAAUGACUGGCGAGCGGGUUGGCGAAGGCGCCUCCCGCGACCGGCUACGUACAGGUGGUAUCGCGCCUCUCGCACGCUUCGACACUUGUGGGGCGCGUGUGGGGACUCGGGAGCAGUUUCUGCAUUCUCGCCACAGCGAUGCUCCGACGCGGACGCUUCCGGAUGGGACCCGGAAUUCUCCGAGUGCUGCCAGCGAAGGCAGGCGUGAGCCAGACGACGCGAAUCUGUCGGUGUCGAAGGUAUCCCUUGCGUCCUUCGAGACAGAGAAAGGAUCUUCUCGAGGACAUGCAGUCCAAGCCAGCAACGUGCCGGGUGCUUUUUGUGGGGAGCCGCCUCCAGGUGGCCCUCCACAGGAAGCGAGCGCUGGAAAGGCGGUCUGCGGUCCCAGUGCUGACGCCCACGCAGAGGUGGAGGUUAUCGCUGGAAGCUUUAGGGCGAUGGUGGACGGGGAGAAACAGAGCUCUUCGAAAGUCAAGAAGCAAGGAGCGGAAGAAGACAAGCAGCACAUUCCCGAUGUGUGUAGGGCAAGAAGUGUCGCGUUCUGCACUCACGCAGAACGCGAAGGCGACGCUGAUGCUUCCCCACCCUGCAGUUGCGCGCGUUCCUGGAACACCAGAGAUUCCUGCUGUGAGGAAGCCGUACCAGUUAUGGCACGCGCGGACACGCCGGUCUCGUGGGUCCAUCAACAAGUCGUGGGUUCAGCUUCUCGAACCAGCCGCUACGAAGGCGACAAAGGCUCGUGCCGAGAACGCCUCUGUCAAGAGCGGCCCGGAGUCCAGGGAGAAGAGACAGGCGCCACGCACUCUCCCCAAGGCUUGCCCUCUCCUGCGGUGCUGCUUGGAGGUGACGGCGAAUCGUCAGUCUCCACAUCGCCUCGUCUCUUCCACCAGGGAAAACAGCGAGUAACUGGGGACGCACCGCCAACGCCGCAUUUCCCCUCUUCUGGGAAAGAGCUCGCAGGAGCGUUUCCUGUUGUCCAUGAGGGUGGCGAUGCCCAAGGCUCAGCUCAAUGCUCCUUUCAGCUGUCCCAUGGCUCGACCUCGGCUCAGUCCUUCUCUUCUGACGAGAGAGUGAUUUUAGUCACUUCUCCCCUCCCCCCUGCCGCCUGUGUGCUCCGCCAAAACGAAUCUCGCCGCCCAGCCACUGCGUCACAUCUCACGGAAGGCACAGGGGGGAGUACAAGGAGUACCGCGGCGGCAACACCCCUGCUGGACGCAGGCAGUGCGUGCAGUAGCGCCCGAGGCGAACUGGAGCCCUUUACCAGUGGCAGAAUGGGACCCGUACGCGUCAUUCCGGACACAUGGCUUCAGCCUUCUCAGGAGAAAGGGGAGGCAGUGGCUGCGCUGCAUUCUGACACGCUGUGGUGCAGUGAACGGCCGCAGAGCGGGCUGCUAGAAUCCGUGACGCCGCCGGCGUCUGUUGCCAGUGGUGAGCCUUCUGUAGAGAUCCUGAAGCGGCACUCCGACUUCUUGGGCGAUGCGUCCGCAGGCCGUCCCUCUACCACCGUGGGACUGGCUGCAGAUGAUUUGAGUCAGGCAGCUGCUGGGGUACCAGCCGACGCGAGCACAUCUCGCUCGAGAAGCGGCGUCUCCCCUUCCUCCCAGUUACCUUUCCGUGGUUCCGCAGGGGGUGUCUCCCCGUGUCUCCUGGGGAACAAAAACGGCGGGGCUGGUCCAAAAACAAUUCGACUUCCCCACACCGUAAAAGGCGGGACACCCUCAUUGUCGCCCCUCGAGCUCGAGGGUUCGAAUGACGGUGACUUAUCCCCCAAAAAACUACCAUCUCAUGAAUCCAUUUCCGGAGUUGGAGGUCUAGAGCAGACGAAUGAGGACGGUGAAACCUCUGACGCUGGCAAAGACGCAAAACUGGACUUCCCGAGCACUGAGGAUGAAGAAUCCAUAGCUGCGCAAAGCUUGCCGCCCGCUUCUUGCGACGAGAGUCUGCACAGAGAAGACGCGCUUGCUGAUGCACCACACAUUCUCAGCCGGCAGGCUUUGGCAGUUUCGUGGCGCUCGUUCGCGGGGUGGUCCGACUGGGGAAGACUGUGGUCAUGUCCAACUUCUACGCACGCCACUUCCACAGAAGACACCAGUGAAAUGCAUGCAAACGAGGAAAAGGCUCAUCAGACGUUCGGGGAUCCGCCAGCUAGUGUGUCCAAAGGCCCAGACGACGACUGGGCAUCAACAGGGUGCGCCGACAGCGGUCGAGAAGAGUCAACCCGUGAAGAAGCAGAGAGUCUCUCGAUUUGCAAAACAGAGGACGAAUUCGGUGUAACCCACGGCGAAGCGUCGGCGACCCCCUGGGAAGGGAAUUCGGAUCGAGGAACACCUUCGCCAAGAGGCGCCGCAGGAGAAACAGACGAUCGUGAACAGGCAGAGGAGACAACAGAGGCCUUGCCAUCGCUGCAGAAAUCGACGGAUCAUGACGUUCCGGUGAUGCAGCGAAGACCAGAGGGUUUCCGGGAAUUUAUUGUUUCAUUGUUUUCGGGCCGACAGCAGCCUGCUGUCCCUAGCGCGCUUCCUACCGAACUUGAUCACCCCGACGCGUUCUCUCAGGAGCAGCCGAAGAGCUGCAUUGAGGAUCCAAACCCCGUGCCUACGGAAGGCGGAGUUGGGGCCGCAUUCAGAGAACAAACUCAAGACCCGAGUGACGAACCCGCGCAGGCGCGUUCCAGUUCUGUUCUUGAGAGAGAAGCGAAAGAAACGGGAGCCCCGGAAGACGUGGAAAGGGACGGAUGUGGGAAGAGUAAGAAAAGUCUCAGUGGUAGCGGUUUUCUCUCGAGGAAUGUCGUCAGAGCUCUCUCGGGGCCGAAAACCCUCCGCCAAAUUCAAGGCAGAGAAGCAUCUCCUUUCCAGCCGGCAGCACUGGAUGACCAGCCGGGCGCUCACGAGAUGCGCGCAGAAAAGGCCCGACGCUUCUUGGCCGGCGGAGGCGACUAA